UGGGCUCCCAGCCAGAGGGAACCCCGCACCCUCUAUAAAAGCUGUGGGAGUGGGCCCUGGCUGCAGUGGUGGCUGGACCCAGAUCCAAAAUGAGGUGUCUCGUGGUGCUACUUGCUGUCUUCGCUCUUUCCCAGGGUGCCGAGAUCACCAGGAUCCCUCUGUACAAAGGCAAGCCUCUGAGGAAGGCGCUGAAGGAGCGUGGGCUUCUGGAGGACUUCCUGCAGAAACAGCAGUAUGGCGUCAGCAGCAAGUAUUACGGCCUCGGGGAGGUGGCCAGCGUGCCCCUGACCAACUACCUGGAUAGUCAGUACUUUGGGAAGAUCUACCUCGGGACCCCGCCGCAGGAGUUCACCGUGCUGUUUGACACUGGCUCCUCCGACUUCUGGGUACCCUCUAUCUACUGCAAGAGCAAUGCCUGCAAAAACCACCAGCGCUUCGACCCGAGAAAGUCGUCCACCUUCCAGAACCUGGGCAAGCCCCUGUCUAUCCGCUAUGGCACGGGCAGCAUGCAGGGCAUCCUGGGCUACGACACCGUCACUGUCUCUGACAUUGUGGAUGUCCAGCAGACAGUAGGCCUGAGCACCCAGGAGCCUGGUGACGUCUUCACCUAUGCCGAGUUCGAUGGGAUCCUGGGGAUGGCCUACCCCUCGCUCGCCUCAGAGUACUCAGUGCCCGUGUUUGACAACAUGAUGAACAGGCACCUGGUGGCCCAAGACGUGUUCUCGGUUUACAUGGACAGGAAUGGCCAGGAAAGCAUGCUCACGCUGGGGGCCAUUGACCCAUCCUACUACACAGGAUCCCUGCACUGGGUACCCGUGACUGUGCAGAAGUACUGGCAGUUCACUGUGGACAGUGUUACCAUCAACGGUAUGGUUGUGGCCUGCGACGGUGGCUGUCAGGCCAUCCUGGACACGGGCACCUCCCUGCUGGUCGGGCCCAGCAGCGACAUCCUCAACAUCCAGGAGGCCAUUGGAGCCACCCAGAACCGGUAUGGCGAGUUUGACAUCGACUGCGACAGCCUGAGCAGCAUGCCCACUGUGGUCUUUGAGAUAAAUGGCAAAAUGUACCCACUGACCCCCUCCGCCUAUACCAACCAGGACGAGGACUUCUGUACCAGUGGCUUCCAGGCUGACAGUCGUUCCCGUCAUUGGAUCCUGGGGGAUGUUUUCAUCCGAGAGUAUUACAGCGUCUUUGACAGGGUCAACAACCUCGUGGGGCUGGCCAAAGCCAUCUGAUCACAUCGCUGACCAAGAACCUCACUGUGCCCACACAGCUGCACAUACACACACACACAUGUACAUGAGCACACGCGCACACACACAGAUGAGGUUUUCAGACAGAUGAUUCUCAAUAAAUGUUGUCUUUCUGCAAA